AUGUGGGGUGAAAUGUCCAGCGAAAUACCAGAAGAGGUACAUAUACGGCAUUGUAUGCUUUUCGAGUUUCGGAAGGGCAGUAACGCAGCAGUUGCUACUAACAACAUUUGCGAUGUUUAUCCAAGUGCAUUAGACAUUCGAAGACCAACAACAUUAGAUGAUGACAUGUUAAGAGCGGAAGUGGAAGCAAACCCGUGUCAGACAAUGGAGGAAUUGUCAAACACUCUGAACCAACCUUGGUCGACAGUCCAAGAACAUUUACAGCAGAUUGGUAAUAUAAGAAGAGCAGGUGUUUGGGUCUCACACAAUCUUUUGGAAGAAAAGAAAACUAACCGAUCCACCACAUGCAACUUAUUGCUUCAACGGCACAAUACAGAAGCAUUUUUCGAUCGCUUGGUCACUGGAGAUGAAAAAUGGGUCCUCUAUGAUAAUCGAGAACGCAAAAGGCAGUGGCUCUCUCCGAGUCUUCAUAGUCUCUAUGAUACAAUAACUUCAGUGAUUGAUGGCCGAGUAUGA